AUGGAAAAGGAUAUCUUGGCCAUUCUUGCAGAUAGAAGUGAUGAAGUUACCCCACACAUGAAAGUUUUCUGGGAGCAACAAAGGAAACUACUGGCAAUGCCAAAAUUUGGAAGGAGGUAAAUGAAGUAUUGUAUUAUUAGAAGUUAGAAUAUGUACUUUUUAAUAUUCUAGAGUAUUUGCAAAAUACUCAAACAAUAAAAAUCACUCAGCUGUUUGGAAACCAGUGUUUCCAAACAGCUGAGUGGUUUUUAUUGUUUGAGUAUUUUGCAAAUUCAAUAGAGCAAUGAAUAUCGGUUGGUGAACAGUCAAGUGAAUUCAUUGUUCUCAAGUGUUUGGAAACCCUGGUGGAACACGAGCCACAAGUGUAUGAAAUAACUUCUUAAUCGAAAAUUGAGCCAUUGUUUUACUAGUCUAUGUGGCUUGUGAGUUCGAGUAAAGUUGUGUGAUUAAAAUUUGCAAACUAACCUAUAUUGGUUUGUUAACUUAUAAUUAAGAAUUGUGGUAAUAACACCGUUUUCAUUGUUUUGACUGUUUUCACUUGACAAGUAAAAUUGUCUGGCGUUAAUUAAACAGCGUGACAUACUAAAUUAGGGCGCAUCAGGGUGCAUUGCCACUUAAAGGGUUAAGGAAUGUUGUAAUGGCUCACUUGUUAUUGUCUCCAGCAUUUAUUAUCUAAUUUCUUAAUUACUGAUUCAAAAUUUAGAUCUUUACCGGGGUUUUAAAAUUCAUGCAUGUGGCAAAAUGUUUAUGUUUGAUUGGUCUAUUUGCUCAUGAAUUAUUAAUUAUUAAAUAUAUUUUCCCCCUCAUUCAUACUUUACAUGUUCUUUGUGGUAUUACCGUAAACCUCUGAGUAUAAGCCCUUGGCUUAUAUUAUAUUCUUUUUCGUAAGCGAUUUUUGAUGGGCAUAUACAAGGAGGUGCUUAUACGGGAGGGCUUAUACAUGGACGGUCUUUUGUGUUAGUGUAUAAUAGUGAUAAAAAGUAUAGUAAUAGUAAUAAACAAGUGUUAAGCAUAGUAAUAAUAGUGAUUAUAUAAUAACUACAGUGAAACACGCAAUUUGAUUGGUCAAUAGCCGUGCAGGAUGAGACAGUCUUGCACGGAAAAAUUUUUAAAUUCUUCGCGGGAUUUUCAAAAUGGCCGAAAAUCAAAACAUUUUAAGGUGUGAAGACAGUGAAGUUUGUAAUAUAUUAAACGAGCGGCAAGUGAACAGUCGAAGGUUUGCAGCAACUACAGACAAGGAAGUUGACGAGUUGGUGUCAAAUGCACAAGCUCAUAGCACAAAAGCAAAAACAAUAUACGCCGUCAACAUUUUUAAAGGUACACGAUAGUUCAUUUUUAAAACAACAACAAUCUCCAUUUACAAGCAAAAUAAUUAAACAAAUUCAUGAGAAAAUACAUAACAGUAACAUUAUUUUUUUAAGAAUGGGCUAAAGUCCGACAAACUACAAUGGAGCUACACGAAAUGGACAACGUGACGUUAGACAACCAUUUAAGAUUGUUUUACGCCGAGGUCAAAAACCAAGAUGGGGACGACUACAGCAAGUCGACUCUACUCGGUCUAAGGCAUGGUUUGGGAAGAUAUCUAAACUCUCCACCACACAACAAAGGUAUCAAAAUAUCUGGAAACCCAGAAUUUAAGAAGUCAAACGUUGUCCUCAACGCCAAACUAAAAUCCCUGAAGCAAGGCGGCAAGGAAAAUGUACAACACAAACCUCCGCUCGAGCCAGAAGAUCUCCAAAAGCUGAAAACCAGCGGUGUAUUUGAUUGUUCAAGUCCCCUUGGGUUGCUGCGAAACGUGUGGUUCAGUACGGUGUUGUUUUGGUGUCGUCGUGGUCGUGAAGGUCAACGAAACCUAACAAGAGAGAGCUUCGUCUUCGCACAAGAUCCCACCGGCGAAGAGUACGCCACGAUGACACACAGCGAGGCAUCCAAAAACCACCCGGGUGGAAUAAAGGAUAGCGAGAGUUUCCAACAUAUUGGCCGAAUGUACCAGACAAACGAGGAAACGACGGAUACAGCGCCUUGA